UUACGCAAGCCCCUUCGCCACGACAAGGCAGUGAUCCAUGAAGGGGUCAGGGAGAGUACAAUAAGCAAAAAUCAUUAGUCAGAAUAAAACAAUUUAACAUUGAAGAAUCAUUUUGAAUUGAAGGUAAUUUUCCUUUCUGGUAGAUACGGUAGAUAAACAGUCCAAUUUUCACUUGGUACCAAAAGGGAGAAGGUAUCCAUAACUGGUGGUCCACUACUGAAAAGGCCCUUCUUUGCAUCUCCACAAAGUAUGAUGCUAGAGGAGAUGCUCCCCCACAACCACAAAGAACAAGCUGCCUCAAGUGUUGAUGUUCCAAAACAAUUUGACAUUAGAAUACAUUAGUACUAUGAAUAUGCACCUAAAAUGUAUUCACAGCUUAUACUGUAGAUACCUUACUUGAGGGCAGAGGCUACACUUUUAAUUUGCUGGCCUUGGAGGGUUCAAGGGAUAGUGAUAUGCUGAUGUCACCUGAGCAGGUAAGGCUGACUCAGGGGACUUUAAGCUUAAGGCACACAUUUCACCUUAAAACUCCCACAAUUUCACAAAGAAGGGCCUACAGUUUGGUUGCAGCCAUUCCAGGGCCACUUGUGGUUAUUCUGUAUUGCUGCUUUAAAACCUACAAAAUGUUUUCUAAUUUAUGUUCCCCAAAGCAGUUCUUACCUGCUGCGUACUCCAAGUCAGUCCUAAAACAACUGAAAUGACUGAUAUAGGGAAGUACCAGUACAUUGAUCAGUGUGCAUAGAUUUCCCCAUCCUGGAAAGUUGUGGGGUGUGCCACUCAUUGGCCUAAAGCAUAUUUGUUCACUGAAGCUCCAUGAGCCUUUGCUAAGAAAGAGGAACUUGAAAAACUCCAAAGGAAUGUAUCUGCUACUCUCAGACAGGACAAAAAUUGAACCCAGUUUCAAGACCUGAAAGCCACCAAGCAACAGAGCCUUCAUCUUGUGGGGAUUCAGUUGAACUUAACAGCCCUCAGCUAGACUCACAGAACAAGAGAGUUGGAAGGGGCCUCGAAGGUCUCCUCGUCCAACCCCCUGUCCAGGGCAGGAAUCCUCAGACCACCCCAGCAAAGCGCUGUUCAACUUUGGCUUGAAAACCUCUUGUGUUGGCACCCCCAUAGCUUCAGGAGGCAGGCUGUUCUAUUGCUUAAUAACUCUCGCAUUUUGUGUUUGGAUCUCCCUUUGAAAAGUUUCCACUUGUUGGUUCUUGACUUACCCUCAAGAGCUGCAGCGGAUAAGCCACACUCUUUCCCCUGCGAUAGUCCUAGUUUAUUAUACCUUCCAGGCCCCACCAAACUUGACUGAGAUGACAAGGAGCAAUAUAGUUCAUCCUUCAUCGUGUUGUUUCCAUGCACAGAGGGAUGUGGUACUGUAUACUUUUAUUGAGUGUUGAGCCUUCUCACAGGUCAGAAACAUCCAAGUGAAAAACAUACACAAUAAGUGGCCCUAUGGCACCCUCUGAAGUCUCCUGUGAUGUGCACUUAGAGGCAAGAUUGUAGAAUAGGGCACCUUAAGGCUUGCUUUUACUCUCCCCCUCCCCUCCCCUCCCCUCCCUAUGUGCAGAUGGAGAUACUACGAGCACGUACUAUGCAGUGGCAGUGGUGAAGCGAGCAACUUCUGAUGUCUUCACCAUCCACGAUCUACAGCAUAAAAGGUCCUGCCACACAGGCUAUGGGCAGAUGGCUGGCUGGAACAUACCUAUUGGCCUCCUGUUGCAAAAGGGACUCAUUCAGCCCCAGGAAUGCAACAUUCUCAAAGCGGUGAGUGGCUUUUUCUCUGCCAGCUGCGUUCCCACAGCCAAGAAUGAGGGCUACCCUGCCAACCUUUGUGAGCUCUGCAUUGGUGACAGCAAGGGGAAUUUCCGGUGCAAUGCCAGCAGCCAGGAAACUUACUAUGGGUACACGGGAGCCUUCAGAUGCUUAGCAGAGGGUCAUGGUGACGUGGCCUUUGUCAAGCACAGUUCGGUCUUUGAAAACACAGAUGGUCACAAUACUGAUGCCUGGGCCUCAACGCUUCAGUCUGGCGAUUUCCAGCUCUUGUGUCCGAAUGGUGCCCGUGCCGAAGUUGCCCAGUUUGCCAGGUGUCAUUGGGGCCAAGUGCCUCCUCGUGCCAUCAUGGUCCACCCAGACACGAAUGCACUGGUUGUGUAUGGGCUUCUGGAUAAGGCUCAGGAUUUCUUUGGCGAUGACAACAACGGGAAUGGAUUUAAAAUGUUCAGCUCGGCAGACUUCCAAAAGCAGGACUUAAUCUUCAAGGAUUCCACUGUUGCAAUUGUGCCAGUGAGGGAGAGAAGAACAUUCAAGUCCUGGCUGGGGCAACCAUUCCUGGACUCUUUGGAAGGUCUGGAAUCCUCCCAAUGCUCGAGAGCUGCAACCAAGUCUGUGAAUGUUAUUCUCCUACUGACAAUUCUGACUCUCGCAACAAUUUCCUCUUCAUGAUCCACAACUCAGAUGAAACAAUAUACAAUGCAAUCGCAAGAUGCAAUACUUUAGGCAAUCAUCAUGAAAUCAAUCGACGAUUGUAUAAUAUUUGACUUCCCUUCCUCACCAGCCUGCAUACUGCGGCAUUCUAUGGAUGAAUUGAUAAGCCAGAUCUUUUUAACCAUGGUGUGUUGAGCAAAUCGCAAUGACCUUCUUUGCACAUAAUGCUGAGACAUAACGGGUGGACUUGCACAUCAUAUAAAAUCAAAAGCAAUCAAGCCAUGUUAUGUGGUAGUGUUGUGUGUGAGUAAGGGCCUUCCCUAAACUUGCCUCAUCAUUCAACCUGCCCUACUCGGGAGACAGGGCCGUUCUUUUUUGGCAAGUGUCAUCAGCUGUGCCGAUCUGGAGUACAGUAAGAAAGCCAAAGAGGCAUUCUUGGUUGAACUUACGUAUACUGGCUUACAUUUGCUUGAAGAGAUUCAUUACGGUAUGCAAUUCUUUUUGCUCUAGAACACAACUACUAUUGUGUAUGUCAAGUGACAUGAGAUUCUUGUUGUGGAUUAUAAAGCAUGAAGAAUACAAAGAGAAGAUAUGCCAGCAUAGAUGAUCUUCCUGCCAUUUCUUUGGCAACAAACGUGGACAGCCACAAAGCUUUCUACCAAAGAUGGUGGUGGGAAAUGUUCACCACCUGCAGGAUCCCACUUCAGUAGACAAAGCAUACGGAUUGCAGGAUUCAGAUGACUCUCCUCCAUUGAUAUAUGCAUGCUGUUUUUGAUGUGGCAUGUUCCAUAAAGCCUUACCUGCUCACAGGAGUUCCACAAGCCUCAGUGUAUUUUGCAGAUUGGAGUUAGGAAUGUUUUUAAAUAAAAAACGUACUGUUUUAUAUAUAGCAAAAGAAAAAGAAAAAUAACCGACAAGAAAUUAAAUAUGAAAACAGAAAAAGAUAAGUUGAGAAAAUAAAACAGAAAAAAAGAAAAGCUCUGCAUAUGUACAAUGGAACUGAGUCAGUUGGAGCCAGGCAGUAUCCAGAGAGAACAAAACAAACAAACAAGUCAUAUUUUAAAUAACAAAUUAAACCUUGAUGACAUAGAAUCAGGUUUUCCAUAGUACUGGUUAGAAGCUCAAUUCAUAUACAGAAGGGGUAUAACAUGUCUUCCAUCCUGUUUUUGAGCUGCGUGUACUAGUCUUUCCACCAGAGUAAAACAAUUUUCCUAAUUCCUGACCACACACACUCAAUUCUCCAUUCUUUGAUAGUUUCUAAAUUUUCAGAAUACCAUUUAGCAUCACAUUCCCAUCUUUGAGCCUUAUUUUCUUUCUCAGCACCCUAUUUUCAAUCUUAUGUAUAUUAUAUCAAAACAGCAUCACUGUAAAACAAGUUCCAAAUUAUGUCCCUUCAGAUUCUAUUACACCUCCAACAGAGGCUGAAAUCUAACCUUUGUUCUACAUGCUCAAGAGCAUCCAACAGACUAAAAAUAUUUAAGUAUAUUAUUUAAAUAUUUAUUCAGUAUUUAAUUGAAUUACUCUCAUUAUUCCAAACUAUCUGUAAGUCUCACAUAUCAAUGGUAAAUAAAAGCUUUCUCUAACAAUA